AGAUAUGGUGUUUAAAUGCAGUAAAAUGUAACGGAUUACUAUUUUAGUCCUGCAACUAUUUCAACAGAAUUGUGUUGAUUUUAAUAAAACCUCGUAUGUGAAUAUUUUUGUAUCAGAUGAAUAAGGUCCUACAAAGACAAAUCAACUGAAUUCCAAUCAUUUCCUUUUAUUGGAUUUUGUUACUGUUUAUAUACAAUUUCAAUGUUUGUUCUUCAUAAUUGAACUUGAGAAGAUAAAACUUUAUUAUCAAAAUGUAUACUUUAUACAAAUCAUAAAAGUUGUGCAAUGGAAUACUUAAAGUUGGAAAAUAUAACUUAUAUACAUUUGGAAACAACUACUUUGAAUAUAACAUCUACGGACUUUGAUGUAGAAGCGUUUGUAGAAGAAAUGAUGGGUGAAAAACGUCGUGAUAUAACGUCUGUUGCAUUUUUGACGUUCUUUUACGUUUUGAUAUUUAUAACAGGAAUUUCUGGAAAUAUAUGUACAUGCAUUGUGAUAACACGAAAUACAUACAUGCACACAGCCACUAACUACUAUUUGUUAAGUCUUGCUAUUUCAGAUAUGCUAACACUUAUAUUUGGUCUUCCAACAGAACUUUAUGGAAUAUGGGAGUCGUAUCCAUGGCGAUUCGGAGAACCACUUUGUAUUUUCAAAUCAUUCCUGGCGGAAAUGACAUCAUACGCAUCGAUUCUCACAAUCACAGCUUUCACCGUUGAACGAUAUGUGGCAAUAUGUCACCCAUUAAAAGCGCAGACCUUAUCAAACUUAUCACGUGCUGUGAAAAUGGUGAUUUCAAUUUGGAUUUUAUCGUGCCUAUUUGCUUUGCCUUAUCCGAUUCAUACGCGGGUUUUCCCGUAUGUGUCAUACAAUGGGACUGGUAUAGAAGACUCUUUACAAUGUAACAUCCCCUUUAAAUGGCAAAGAGGGAUGACGUAUGCUUUCCAGAUAUCUACAUUUGUUUUCUUUGUCUUUCCAAUGGGGCUCAUAACUGUAAUGUAUGGUUUGAUUGGUAAUAAAUUGCGCUCUCCGCAACUGGAAACAAAGCACAAGUCAAAGACGAAGGCGAGGAAAGCAGUAGUUAGAAUGUUAUUUGCCGUGGUCGUUGCCUUUUUCGUCCAGUGGGCACCUUUCCAUGCACAGCGUCUCAUCACCUUAUAUGUUCCGGUUGAAAUGUGGACCCCAACUUUAAUCAAAUUCCAAUCAGAUUUGUUUUACGUGUCAGGGGUUCUUUACUUCUGCAAUUCAACUAUCAAUCCGAUAUUGUAUAAUUUAAUGUCAAAGAAAUUCCGGUUGGCUUUCAAAAGAACACUGUGUCGAUGUUGUUAUACUUCAGAAGAACUGCUGGAGCUUAAUGGAAAGUCAAAGUCAAUUUACUGUUCCGAUAGAACGGCUGUCAAUUCUAUAAGAAAAAAUGCGAACAACAUUACAAAGUUGUCGUUUAUGGAUUUGAACGGAACCAAGAACGUCCAUGGAUUGCUAAAUACGGAUAAAUUACGUGAUAUCACUUUCAAGAAUGGGAGACGACCACACACAUGUCCUUGUUAUCAGUCCCAUUCUUCUGGACGAUUGAACGAGCUCUACAGUGACACAGAUCGUAUUCACGUCGACCAUUGUCAAGGGUUCGGACCUAGAGCGGCGGGACUUAGAUACCAGAAUUCCACAAACAGCAGUCUUGUUAGUUUUUGUGAACUUGAAUCAGAUUCCAUUGUUGAAAUGAAGUCUUUAUCGACUUGUAGUAGCUCAAAUUUAUUGAACACAAAGAUACUUUCUGCCCCGCUUUACAAUCUUGCAAGUCGACAGGCAUCAUUUGUAUGAUCCAUUGUAAUGCUUUUAAAAACAACAACAACAAGAAAUGCGUAAGUUUGGAUUGGAAGGAAUGGCUUGAUUACCAAGGACAAUGUAAUAUUGCCAUUUUUAUGAUUAACACACUUUUUGUAUGAAUGUUAUUCUGUCAUUGUAAAUGCUAAUAUGAACGUCCGCAAAUUUGGCACAGACAAACCAACAAACUAAUUGUUUUCUUCUAACAAAAAAAAAAGAACAGGGCUUGCGGCAACAAAUCACAUACUCUUGUAUUUAAUAAUAUAUACUACUGUAUAUAAAUGGUAACAGAAGAUCUUAUAAUAGUCACCAAAAAACAAAAUAGAAACGCUAUUUUGAAACCUUGGUUUUUUAUUCAAC